CAGGAAUUCAACACUUAAUGACUGAAGUUGUGAAGAAACCAUCAUUGACGAGAAAGUCCGCAACUAGUUCCUUAAUAGCAUAUGCAAUGAGAGGAACUUCAUCAAGAUUUCAUUCAAAGGCUGGGCAAGUAUUGCGCCUUCUUAUUGGCAACUCCCUAUAUAGCAUAGACAGUCAUUUCGAUGGAGGUGAGCUUUUCUUUUGGUUUGUUAUUAAACAAAAUUUGUUUCUCAUCAUACUAUGCAUUCUCUGUGGUCUGCAUUAGGAGCCUGUUUUGCGGAAUGUGCAACUCAAAUAGGUGCAUAUAGUUGCAGUUUACAUACUUGCAUCAUGCAAUCAUUUGCGCUUGAAAUGAAAUGAACUGCAAAAGAUCCCACUUUGUUCAAGCUGUAUAAUCAGUUCUGCAUGAUCUGCCAUAUAGGUUGAGUUGAUUAUCAGCAUGACCUAUUCAAAAUCAGCAUUGUAAUGUUUAAUAGGCUUGAUAUCCAUGGAUUUAGAAGUGGGUUCAGACUCUAGAUAUGCUUUCUUCGGUGAAACAGUGGUGAAACUCAAUUUCCCGUGACAGUUUAAGGGACAUUAAGCUUCUCUUUCUUUUACUUGAUUAUUACUUGGUUAAUCUUAUUCCAAAAUAAACCACGAAAAUUAUAUUCAGGGCAGGGUAUGAAAUUGCAUAUUGCUUAGUCAUGUUUUACUAAAAAAAUGCAUAUUUCGUAAGCCUUAUAACGCAAUGAGGCGUAAAUUAUAUAUAUGUAUAGUUGUAUACACACAUAUAUUAAGCUCACAACAUAAAUAAUACAUUAAAAGUUAUGUAAUCAUUCAAAAACGUGAAAGUCAAAACAUAACUUUAUUUUGGAAGGAUAUCCUACAAUACAUUAAUGGGACAUGCUUCUUUUUUAUUUGACUCCUCUUCCUUGUCCACUCAAAACAAAAACAUAAAAGGAAAAAAAAAAAUACAGGACUUAGGGAAGUACAUAGCUUCCUUCAAACUAGAUACACAUAAAUUAGAGCGAGGUUGGGAAGGAAGGUGAAGGGAACUUGAUGACAUUGCGAUUGGUCACUAUCACAUAUCCAGAACUGCAUUCACUCCGUUCUCAUCUUUUCAGCACAUUACUCCCAUAUCACCUAAUAUCUGUCACACACAUGCACACACACACACACUGACACACACACACAAACAAAAUAAAAAAUAAAACAACUUAUUCAUCAAAGUCAUCAAACGUCAUAUUAAAACAAUUUAUAAUGAAGCCAUAAUCCUAGCAAAGUAAUAUGGAGUAUGUUCAAAGUUCAAACAUGGCAAAAAUUUGUAAACCGUUAACAUCAAAUUAAAAUUCCUAACAUGCUAAAAUUUUAUCUUUUUAGACUAAUGCUCGAAAAACAGAAUGAUUAGUAUCUAGUUUGCUGAGAGGGCACAAAUAAUACGGUAAUACCCUUACACAUUGACCUUCUAUUGUGUUCAAUAUUGCUUAUUCCUCACUGCAAUAUUGCACACGCCUUGUUGCGUGUGCAAUAUUGCUUAUGCCUCACUGCAAUAUUGCGCAAGUGCCAGGGGGCGUAGCUGACCUAGUGGGAAGAGGGUGCCACCUGCCACAAGGGAGAGGUCCCGUGUUCAACUCCAAGUAAAGACUUGGACUGGAACCUCAUUCUCUUGAGGUUUCUUGCAUGGAUAGAUAGCAAACAUCUCUAUUUUGGUUUGAGUUACUCCCAAAAGUUCAAACUAUGUUCUUAUAUGGUUCUAGAUAUUUUUAGUGGUUCAAUUUCGCUGCUUUUGUAUGCAUAGGCUGCUAUUAACCACCGAUGCAAACUUUUAACUGAUGAGGAGAUAACGUAAAUUAGGAUAGACUAAAAGAGGAUGUAAUUACAUUUGGCCAUUUUCUGUUUGGUUAGGCUUGCAGUCAAGAAGUUUCCAUGCAUGUUAGUUUUAUAUCUACAUCUGGAUUUUCUUUAUUACAUACUCUACAUUAUUUGUGCAGGUCCAGAAACUGUUCUUGAGGUUGUUGUUGGUGUUUUUCAGAGGCUAUGUGAGAAAAUGAACUCUAGUGAACUAAAGUUGAUGUGGGAUUGCUUAUUGAAGGGGAUAACCAACAAUGUUACUAGUGGUCAUCCUGUGCAUCUUUGUCGGCUUUUAUCCCUGCUUAUUUCUACUGUUCAAAAGAAAUUUGUGGGAAAAUUAUCUGAUUAUCAACAAAUUCUAGAAGUAAUCAGUUUGCUUGUACAGACCUACUAUGUGCCAUCUUCCACCCUGCACCCAAUGGAUCUGGCAACAGAGUUUUUUGACAAAAUUUUGUCAUUGAUGCUUUGUGUUGUUGAUGCUCUUCACAAAUCGAAUAACAUCUCAGAUCUGACCUGUGCCUCUUUGCAGUGGGCUCCUGUGUUUAGUUUGAGGAAUAAAAGCCUGCCUACAUUUCUGAAAGAAUUUCUAUCAAAGGACCCUGAUAUUCUCCAAUGUUUUCAAGCCAACAUUAUGAGUGCAUUAACUGAGUUACUAGAGAUUUCAGAGGAUGAGUUCAUAUAUUUGCUGUACAUUUUUUGUGAGAGAAUACCAGUACAUUGGAAGAGCUUCUUUGAUGGAAUACCUAAAGAGGAAGUCUCAAAAAUUCGUAGUUUCUUUGGAAAAGCUAUGGUAUUUUGGGUUCAGCACAUCAAAGAUAUGAAAGAGAAGGGGUUUCCUUCUGAACUUCAAGAGAAUAGUGUUGGACUUCUGUGGGGAAUCAUUGGUUGCUAUCCAUACAUGAAUGAUGGCAGAGCAAAUCCUUCCCUUCUUGUGGACUUGAUGUUUGCUAUAGAUGAUCUUCUAACUGUGAAAUCAGAUGUAUGUAGAAAUACAUGGCAAUGCUUGAUUGGUGCCACUUUGGGCUCUUUACUUAAAUUAGCAGACAUGCAAAGCGCUGCUCUUCUGGAGCCUGAAAUAAGUAAAUUCUUAGACCUGGCAAGAAGGCACAAUAGGUGUUCUCAGAUAUUGUCGGGAGUCGCUGAUAUUUUGGAUUCUAUUUAUGGAAAACAAGCCGAUACUCCUAUUGAGCAGUAUCAUCCAGAGCUUGUGGCAACUAAAGUAGCGAGUGCUCUGGAUAUAUUUUCUGAGAAUUUAUGCCACUGUAACAAGGAAGUCCGCCUUUCUACUCUAAGAAUCUUGAACCACUAUGAGCCUUUGUGUGAUGGAUAUUCCGCAAAUGAACAUGCUGAUAAUAAAAGGAGAAGUGAUGAUCAUCAAACCUGUGCUGCCGAUGAUCGCGGCAAUAAUGUUGUUCAGCUCCUUUUGUCAAUUGAAGAAUUGCCUCUAUCAAAUGCCACCAGCAGAAAAGUUGUACUACUUGUAUCUAAAAUACAGACAACUCUAUCAUCUGCAAGGGUACAUGAACAUUAUAUACCCACGGCUUUGUUUGGUGUAAUAGGGAUCAUCCACAACAAAUUCAAUGACUUACGAAGUCCAGCUUUGGAUUGCAUUUCUGUCUUACUUGGAAAGUACUUUGAGAUUCUUUGGGAUCGAUAUGUGAAGUACCUUGAUUUCUGCAUCUCUACUGCUUUGGGUCCUGAUGAUCAAACUUGUAAGGGAGGUAUUGAAUCCUGUGGUGAUGAUGAUGGUUUGGCUAGGCAGUUCUACUCUUACUGCUCUUCAUCGUCAUAUAGUACUUCAUCUGCAGAAGUUAUUUCAUUAUUAAUUCAAUCUUUACAAAGAGUUCCAUCUGUAGCUGAAUCUCGUUCUAGGCAAAUAAUACCUUUGUUCUUGAAAUUCAUUGGAUAUAAUGUUGAAGAACUUCUGAGCGUCGAAUCAUAUAACACACUGAAUUUGAAAGGGGAAGAGUGGAAGAAUGUCCUUAAAGAAUGGCUUAACUUAUUCAGGCUAAUGAGAAAUCCCAAGGCAUUUUACCACAAUCAGUUUCUCAAGGAUGUCUUACAAUACAGGCUUCUUGACGAGAGCGAUGCUGAGUUGCAGAUGAAAGUUCUUGAGUGCUUGAUGAAUUGGAAAGACACUUUUAUGCUCCCUUAUGAGCAGCAUCUAAAAAAUGUGAUCAGUGUAAAGAAUUUGAGAGAGGAGAUCACUACUUGGAGUUUGUCUAGGGAUUCACAUUUCAUCGAUGAACAGCAUAGAGGUUUCCUUGUGCCUAUUGUCAUCCGCAUACUUGCUCCAAAAGUGAGAAACUUAAAAACUCUUGCGUCUCGGAAGCAUGCAAGUGUAAACCUAAGGAAGGCAAUUCUUGGGUUUUUAGCUCAGCUUGACGUGGAGGAGUUGCCACUUUUCUUUUCCCUGUUAGUAAAGUCUCUUGUAGGAAAAGAGGCAGGGUUUGCUGGAAACAUUGAAUCUCUUUGGAAUGCACCCCAAUCCUUAAAUGAUGAAUAUAGCUCAUUUGGCGUCUUUAAGCAUUUUGUCUCAAUAAACACCAACAAAAAUUAUCUGAAGAAGAUAAAGAGCUUUCUGCAUGUAAUUGAGGAGACUGUGGCUGUUUUUGAUGAAACACGUAUUAGUCCGUUUCUUAAUUUGUUACUGGUAUGUGUUUCAUGUUUUUUGGAAAUCUGCACAUCAACUCUUGACAACGCGGAUAGUAGCCUGAUUGUUGUUAAUCACAGUGAUGCCGUCGACAGUAAAGCUAUGACACAAACAUCUAUAGAGAAGUCCAAGGAGUUGAGAUCUGCGUGCUUGAGGAUCAUUUCUUUUAUUCUUAAUAAGUAUGAAGGUCAUGAUUUUAGCUCCAGAUUCUGGGAUUCCUUUUUCAAGUCAGUGAAACCAUUAAUUGCUGGUUUCAAGCAGGAAGGCGCCAGUAGUGAGAAACCAAGCUCGUUAUUUUCUUGCUUUCUUGCAAUGAGCAGAAGUUACAAACUCGUACCAUUGCUGUUUAGAGAGAAGAAUCUUGUUCCAGAUAUAUUUGCUAUGUUAUCCAUUACAACAGCAUCCCAAGCUAUCGUUUGUUAUGUUCUUAAGUUCAUUGAGAACCUCUUGACUCUGGAUAAUGAACAGACCGAUGAGGAAAAACCUAUCAGGAAAUUACUGCUUCCUCACCUUGAUGUUCUUGUAUCCAGUUUGCAUUAUCUGUUUGUGAACGAUGGACCCAGAAAAAGGAAAUUCACCAAAUAUCCAGGAGAAAAUGAGCUGAAUGUUUUUAAGCUGUUAUCGAAGUACAUAGAUGAACCCUUAGCAGCAAAGAAGUAUGUUGAUGUUUUGCUUCCACUUUUAUCAAAGAAAUCUCAUACUUCUGAUAUAUGUAUGGGCACACUGCAGAUUAUUAGGCAUGUUGUCCGACCACUUGGGAAUGGAUGUGUCAAAAAUAUUCUCAAAUCAAUAUCUCCACUUCUUAUUUCUGGUGGUCCCGAUGUCCGGGGUUCUGUUUUCGAAGUUCUUGAUGCUCUUGCUGAAAAAGAUUCAACAUUACUUGCUUUGGCAAAACUUCUCCAUGAACUAAAUGCGACUUCAGCCUCAGAAAUGGGUGAACUUGAUUAUGAUACUAUAGUUGCUGCAUAUGAGAAGUUGAAUGUAGAUUUCUUCUACACUGCUGAAGAAGAGCAUGCAUUGAUGAUUUUGUCAAAUUCUGUAUGCGACAUGUCAUCUGAAGAUUUGAUUCUCAGACAGAGUGCAUUUAGAGUGUUGGCCUCUUUCAUCGUUUUUUCUGGUCAAACCCUUGAACUAGAAAUGAAACCUGACCAAAUUUGUUCUGGACCCUGGGUUGUGCACAUAAUAAACACCUUUCUCAUGAAGCACAUGGGACAUGCAAUGAACAAAGAAGGCUCAGUUAGAAAGGCAUGGAUUGAUCUACUACGUGAAAUGGUGUUGAAGCUUCACACAAUGACGGAAUUCAAAGCAUGUGUUGUUCUAUGCAGUGAAGAUCCAGAACAAGAUUUUUUUAACAAUGUUGUUCAUCUACAGAGGCAAAGAAGGGCUAGGGCUCUAUCUCGUUUCAGCAAUGCUGUCAAUUCUGGGAGUUUCUCAAAGGGUGUUGUGGACAGAGUUUUUGUACCUCUCAUUUUCAGUAUGUUAUUAGAUUUACAAAACAGCAAGGGGGAAAAUAUAAGAAGUGCUUGUAUAAAAGCUCUUGCAUCAUUAUCUAAGUGGUUGGACUGGAAAGCAUACUAUGGAUUACUUCUUAGAUGCUUUCGAGAGAUGACUCUAAAACAGGACAAACAAAAGGUUUUAAUGCGGCUUAUCUGUUCCAUUCUCGACCAAUUCCACUUUUCAGAAGCAAGUUCUCUUCAUGAAAUUGAAGGUUCUAUGGGACAUAUUCCAGAUGCUGACACCAGUAAUGAAGUAUCUACAAUGUCAGGCACCUAUACUAGAUGUGGUAACUGUUCUUCGGUUCAGAUUUGUCUUCAAAAAGAUGUGCUUCCUAGGGUACAAAAGUUCCUGGUGUCUGAUUCUGAAAAUGUCAAUGUAACAAUUAGUUUAGUUGCCCUCAAGGUCCUUAAGUUACUUCCAGGUGACAUCAUGGAACUGCAACUUCCAAGUAUCCUACAUCGUAUUUCUAACUUCCUCAAGAAUCGUCUGGAAAGUGUGCGCGAUGAAGCUAGAUCUGCCUUGGCAGCUUGCUUAAAAGAGCUGGGAUUGGAAUACCUGCAAUUUAUCAUUAAAGUCUUGAGGGGCACCUUGAAAAGAGGGUUCGAGUUGCAUGUUUUGGGAUACACGUUGAAUUUUAUAUUGACAAAAUUUCUACUAAAUCCUACUAGCCUUAACUUGGACUAUUGUUUGGAAGAUCUUCUUUAUGUUGUGGAGAAUGAUAUUCUUGGGGAUGUUUCAGAAGAAAAAGAAGUGGAGAAGAUUGCUUCAAAAAUGAAAGAGACUAGAAAGCAGAAGUCCUACGAGACCCUCAAGAUGAUUGCUCAGAACAUCACUUUCAAAGCCCAUGCCAUAAAGCUACUUUCACCUGUUACCAUACAUCUACAGAAGCAUUUGAGUCCAAAAGUGAAGCCAAAAUUGGAGAACAUGCUGAAACAUAUCGCUGCUGGUAUUCAAUGCAACCCAUCAGUGAAUCAGAAGGAACUCUUUGUGUUUGUAUAUGGUCUCAUAAAAGAUGGCCUAACUGAUGAACAUUUUGGUCGUGAAAGCCUACAAGAUAAAGAUGCAGCGAGGGAUGAAAACACUAAUUCAAAUAGAUUGGUCAAUGUUGACAGGCAAUAUUCUUAUUUGAUUACAGAAUUUGCUCUUGGGGUACUGCAGAACUACCUGAGAAACAUGAAAUUAGACAAAGGGGAUGAAAAGUUGUUAUCAAUGGUAGACCCUUUUGUAAGGCUCUUAGGGAAUUGUUUAAGUUCAAAAUAUGAAAAUAUCAUAUUUGCAUCACUAAAAUCUCUAUAUUCAAUAGUGAGGCUACCUUUGCCAUCCCUUGAAAAUGAGGCUGACCAUAUAAAGAAUUCAUUGUUGGAUAUUGCUCAAGGUUCAGUAAAUGGCAGCACUCCAUUGAUGGAAUCAUGCACUAAACUGCUAACACUGCUUUUGCGUAUGACCAAAAUGACCCUUUCUGAAGCUCAACUUCAAUCACUUGUUCAAUUCCCUGUUUUUGUUGAUCUCGAAAGAAAUCCUUCUUUUGUGGCCCUCUCGCUACUGAAAGCUAUAAUAAACCGAAAGUUGGUGGUUCCUGAAAUAUAUGAUGUUGUCAAGAGGGUUUCAGAAUUGAUGGUUACUAGUCAGGUUGAAUCAAUCCGCAGGAAGUGCAGUCAGAUUUUACUGCAGUUUUUACUUCGCUAUCAGAUUUCUAAGAAACGUUUUCAACAACAUCUUGAUCUUUUACUUGCAAAUCUGAGAUAUGAACAUUCAACUGGCAGGGAGGCUGUUCUUGAAAUGAUUCAUGUUAUCAUAAAGAAAUUCCCAACCAUAAUAGAUGAGCAAUCUCAGACUAUUUUCAUGCAUCUAGUAAUAUGCUUGGCUAAUGACCAAGAUAACAAAGUCAGAUCUAUGGCUGGUGCAGCUAUAAAGCGACUUGCAGGGCAUGUGAACUCUCAUUCACUUAAGUCUAUUCUUGAGUUUAGCUUUUCUUGGUAUCUGGGUGGGAAACAGCAUUUAUGGAGCUCUGCGGCACAGGUUUUGGGGUUACUGGUGGAAGUGAUGGGGAACAGCUUUCAGGAGCAUGUUGCUCAAGUUUUGCCUGUAAUUGGAAAUAUCUUGCAAUCUGCUGCUAAUGUUAUAAUAAAUAAACAGUUGUGCAUAUCUGAUGAAGCAAUUCCCCUCUGGAAAGAAGUAUAUUAUUCAUUGGUUUUGUUAGAGAAGAUUCUGCAUCAAUUUAUUUCGUUGUGCUUCUCAAAAGAGCUUGAGGAUACGUGGGAAACAAUCUGUGACUUCCUUCUAUAUCCGCACAUAUGGGUGCGCAACAUAUCGUGCCGCCUUAUAGCUUUGUACUUCGCCAGAGUGGCUGAGUGUUACAAAGAAACUGAAGUGCUUGAGUCGUUUUCCUUAAUGGGACCGAGUAGACUCUUCCACAUUGCCGUUUCUCUUAUAUCUCAACUGAAUGUGCAGCCAGUUGAUGAUGCUGCUGGGACCCUGAUUUCACAAAAUCUCAUAUUUGCCAUUUGUCAUUUACAUGGAUUACUAGUAGGCUCCAAACAUGAUGGUGGUGAUUCUGCCUUUGGACCUGAUGAACAAAGCCGCUUAGUAAAAGCCUUU